AUGGGGGAGGUUGGAGCCUGGGAUGCCUUGGAAGAUUUGAGUAGUCUGGAAGACCUCUGCUCCCCACGAAAUGCCAUCAUCAACUUUGCCACUUGCAAGAUGGGUGAUGAUUUCAUGUCUGACGGUGUUACAACGUCUGGGGAGACACAGCCGGGGUGUUUGCUGAAUUUUUUUGCUGAGAGCCUGCUCAACACAUUCCUGCAGGAGGUUCUGGGGACUCAGAAGGCCAAUGAGGUCGAAGUGUCUCUUAGUGCAUUCCAGCGGAUGAGUGCCAUCAUGAAAGAGCGGGGUAGAGAACUGAUGCAGCUGAAUGAACUGGUGGUGGGGGACAUCAGCGGGAAGCUGUUCGUGUACAAGAGCGAUGACUGCCGGCCAUGGCUCACCUGUGCUUGCCAGGGCAUGCUGACUUGUGUCGGGGUUGGAGAUGUGUGUAACAAAGGGAAGAAUCUGGUGGUGGCCGUCAGUGCUGAAGGCUGGUUUCACCUGUGUGAUAUGACACCUGCUAAGGCCCUGGAGGCUUCUGGGCACCAUGAGAUGCCAGGGUCAGAGGAACAUCGUCCCAUCUUCAAGCAGCACAUCCCAGCCAACACCAAGGUCAUGCUGAUCAGUGACAUCGACGGAGAUGGGCGUUGUGAGCUGCUGGUUGGGUACACAGACCGAGUGGUCCGCGCCUUCCGCUGGACAGACCUGGGCGAGGGCACUGAUCAUCCGACCGGACAGCUGGUGUCACUCAAGAAGUGGGUGCUGGAGGGGCAGGUGGACAGCCUCUCCGUGAUGCCAGGGUCCCAGGGAGUGCCUGAGCUGAUGGUAUCGCAGCCCGGAUGUGCGUAUGCCGUUCUCUUGUGCACCUGGAACAAGGACCCUGGGGUCCCCACCACCUCCGAGGGGGACACAGAGGGCAGUAGGGAGCCUGUGGCCACCCGUGAUGUUGUUCUGCACCAAACGUCCGGCCGCAUCCACAACAAGAACGUCUCCACUCACCUGGUGGGCAACAUCAGACGAGGCCACACCCCGGACAGCAGUGGCGACUCUGGCCUCUUUGCUCUCUGCACCCUGGAUGGGACGCUGAAGCUGAUGGAGAAGGCCGACAAGCUGCUGUGGUCAGUGCAGGUGGACCACCAGCUGUUCGCACUGGAGAAACUGGAUGUUACGGGCAACGGGCAAGAAGAGGUAGUCGCCUGUGCCUGGGACGGACAGACGUACAUCAUUGAUCACAAUCGCACCGUCGUGCGCUUCCAAGUGGACGAGAAUAUUCGUGCCUUCUGUGCAGGCCUGUAUGCUUGCAAAGAGGGCCACAACAGCCCGUGCCUCGUGUAUGUCACUUUCAACCAAAAGAUCUAUGUGUACUGGGAGGUGCAACUGGAGCGGAUGGAGUCUACCAACCUGCUGAAACUUCUGGAGGCUGAGCCAGCAUACCGGACCCUUCUGCAGGAGCUGGGUGUGGAUCCUGACGACCUGCCAGCUGCCCGUGCUCUGCUUCAUCAAACCCUCUACCAUCCAGAUCAGCAAUUGCAAUGUGCCCCUGCUAGCCACCAAGACCCCACGUAGCUGGGCUUGCCUCUGGAAGCAGCAGAGACUUAAACACCCUACCCCACUCCCAUAUCCAUGGUAUUGGCAAGAUCAGGACCAUUCCAGAGGAGUAUGGCAGGAUGGCAGCCAUCUGAGGGAGUCUUUGGGACCGUGAACUGUAUCCCGCGUGAUGUUUGGUGGUGAAUGAAGUGACAAGUUACAAGGACCAUGAGA